GGCGGGAGCGGCGGGCGGGCGGGCGGCCCGGGGCUGGCGAGGCCACCGCCUCCCUGGGCCUGCCGGGGCGGCCGCCUCCGCGAUGCCGCUGCUGGUCGAGGGGCGGCGAGUGCGGCUGCCGCAGUCCGCCGGGGACCUCGUCCGCGCCCACCCGCCUCUGGAGGAAAGAGCCAGACUUCUGAGAGGUCAGUCUGUUCAGCAAGUGGGACCCCAGGGCCUUCUGUAUGUUCAGCAAAGAGAGCUUGCAGUGACCUCCCCAGAGGAUGGCUCCAUCUCCAUUCUGGGUUCUGAUGAUGCCACCACUUGUCACAUUGUGGUCCUGAGGCACACAGGUAAUGGGGCCACCUGCCUGACACACUGUGACGGAACCGACACCAAAGCCGAGGUGCCCUUGAUCAUGAACUCCAUCAAAUCCUUUUCCGACCACGCUCAGUGUGGAAGGCUGGAAGUGCACCUUGUGGGAGGCUUCAGCGACGACAGGCAGCUGUCACAAAAACUUACUCAUCAACUUCUUAGUGAAUUUGACAGACAAGAAGAUGAUAUUCACUUAGUGACAUUGUGUGUGACAGAAUUAAAUGACCGGGAAGAAAAUGAAAACCACUUCCCAAUAAUUUAUGGCAUUGUGAUCCUGUCGUCCCGCACAGCUGUCAACAUCAAGACCGCAGAGAUUUACAGGGCCUCCUUCCAGGAUCGAGGCCCGGAGCAGGAGCUGCGGGCCGCACGGGCUUUAACAGGAGGGCCGAUGAUUAGCAUUUACGAUGCAAAGACAGAGCAACUUCGUAUAGGACCGUAUUCCUGGAUGCCUUUCCCACACGUGGAUUUCUGGCUGCAGCAGGAUGAUAAGCAGAUACUAGAGAAGCAUCCAGUCCAGAACGGAUACCUGUCCUUCUGGAUGGAUGAGACGACAGCUUCAGAAAGAAGAGCGGGCUGUGAGCGCAGGUUCUGCAGUACCGUUCUCUCUACAACAGAUCGUCUCCAUGAGACAAUUUAAUCUCCGAGAGUCACACAAAGCCUCUGAUGAAGCUGUUCUGUCGGGUGUAGUGAGGCCAUCAUAAAUGCCCAAAUUGUGUUACUGUGCAAGGUACAUUUUUAGAAAACUGAAUCUUUCUGAAGUUGCUAUCCACGAGGAAGUCACCAUGCCUGAUUAACGGUAAGAUUUAGGAACUGAACUCACUGGCAACAAUUUCAAGGACCUUUAUUGAAACCAACAUUCAAAUAGUAUCUCAAGGGUGAAAUUCUGUUUCAGCAAAACCAAUUAACAAUUCCAAAUAUAUAUAAAAACAGUUAAAAAUUAAUCUUGUUAAAGGUGAUAAUCUCCCUUCCCCCAUGUUAUCUGCUAUACUUCAUUGCACCAAAUAAACAGGGAAGACUGUGUUUAAUCAUCUGCACCCCGCCCCCAAAAAGAAAAAGGAAAAGCGCAUUUUGACAAUGCCAGAUGUCAGAAAUCCCACCAAAUCAGAGUGUCAUUAUAGGCUUCAUGUGGUAUAAACUAAGGCUUCAGUCCUACGGCCCACAAACCCCACGUGAUUCCUGCCAUCUUAGGGUCUCCAGGAGCUUGACUUUGCUGGACUAAAAGGCACCGGGGCCAUUCCCUGUGGUCAGUGAAGUGAUGAGGGCUUCUGGAAAGGUAGAAACAGGCAGUAAUUAAGAGCUUCCUUCCAGUUAUUUCAGCAGGAGUCUGGCCUGAUCAGCCUGACAAAGGUUGCUUUUCUGGUUCUUGUUUCUGAGUUGGACCCAAAGGGCUGAGCUGCUAGUGGAACAAGCUACAGGAGCUCCCGUGUGGAACAGGUCAAAAGUAUUCUUAGUGUAGAAUUUAAACUCAACGAGGUGCUCCACACCAUAUUUAAUAGGAGGCUCUUAAGAGUAGCAUCGAUCGGGUUUUCAGAUAUUAAACAUAGAAAUGAGCACGGUCUGUACUUGUGUGCCAAUUUAAAAGCUUUACCAGUAUUUAAAAAUAUACAUAUAUAUAUAUGGUCAAGAAGAGCCCUGACAGUGACUCUUUACAGGCGCGUCUUUAACUCGUCUACAGAGCAUAUAAAGGGAGAGGGAUUUGUGGCAGAGGAAGGUCACGGACAGAGGCACUGCCGCUCUCACUUGCUCGCUGACCCUGCCACAGCCGGAAUGGACACAGUCCUUACUUAGUCUCCAGGGACAGCAGCUGGGAUGGCCACAGAGGGCUUCUGACACUCUUAUUUACAGUCCCAGCGAAGCCCGUUCUCCUUCAAGCCAAACACAGUGCAGCCGCAGACUGCGACCUGAUUGAACUAACGCCAACUAAACGCACGGCCAAGAAUGCCGUGUCCCCUCGGCAGGGCAGGGCAGGGCAGAGGCCCGCGGAGUUCUGGAGAAGCUUCUUACCAAAGCUCCAUGUGCGACCUAGGAACUUCUCACGCUUAUGUUUCGAAAGAUAAGAGGAAGUGUUUCAAGUGGCAGGCACCUGAAAUUCUAAGUGUUCUUUGUGAAUAAAAAGUGUUUCUGGUAA